GACUCCUGGGGCUCCCGGCACUCGUGGCACGGUGGGUAUGGCCCUCGGAGCGCUGCGGGGUCCGGCGCUGGGGUGGCAUGUGUAGUUGGUGCUGCCAGUGCUUCUGCCCCGGUGUGCGGGCACCCCACGCUGCCCCUGGACCGAUGGGUGCAGCUGGCGAGGAGCGGGUGGCAGGGCGGGCAGCUGUGCCGGGGGGCAGAGCACACCCGGGAGGAUUUUAACCAAGCUGCGCUGGGAAUCGCCCAACACCAUGAAAGAUCUCACCGAGAUCACGCUUUGUCCUGAGGUUCUGGACCACAGCAAGACCGAGUUCUGCAACCCUGUCUUCGAGGGUGAGGAGCCUCAGGCAGUGCCAAGCGCCGAGCCCCUGCCAGAGGAGGAUGGGACCAGCCCUGCAUCGCCCCAGGACGGCCUCGGCCAGCGGCUCUGGGGCCAGGAGGGCUGGCAGUACCGCCCCGACUGCAAGUUCACCUGGCUCUGCGUGGCUCUGAUGAGUGCCGUCCUCCUCUUCCUCAUCGCCCUCCUGUUGGGCGUCAUCAUCCACCAGCUGACGUCCCCGCAGAUGCCCAGCGCCCCUGCUGCAGCCCUGCCCGCUCGGGCCACCGCCACCACCACCGCAGCACCCACCCGCAGGGACCCCCCAGCCCCCAAAACAGCUGACACCCCAACCCAGAGCUGGCUGCCCACAGCCACCACGCCAGCACCGGCCUGCGGUGGGAUCCUGCGUGGUCCUGAGGGCUCCUUCAGCUCUCCCAACUACCCCGGCCCUUACCCACCUGACGCACUCUGCAUCUGGCGCAUCGAGGUGAGCCCCGGCUUCGUCAUCCAGCUGAAGAUGGAGACGUUCAGCGUGGAGGGCGCUGCCUCCUGUCUCUUUGACCGCGUGGAGCUCUACGAGGAGCAAGGGGCCAGCAGCACGGAUCCUGCCCCAGCUCGGGGGGGCCCAGCCCGGUUUUGUGGUAACGUGGUCCCCCCGACCUUCAACACCAACUCCAACCACCUACGCGUCAUCUUCAUCUCCGACAGCAGCGUGGGCGCCCCAGGCUUCAGCGCCCGCUAUCGCGCCGUGGCUCCCAGUGAGAAGAGCUGUGCCUGGGACGAGCACUCGUGCGAUCAGGGGCUCUGCCUCCUCCUGGGCUUCGUCUGCGACGGCUUCCACGACUGCGUGGACAAGAGCGAUGAGGCCAACUGCAGCUUGAAACACAAAGAGUGCGGGGGGCCGCUGACCACCCUGGCAGGGCACUUCUCCACCCCGAACCAUCCCCAGCCAUACCCGCACCAGCAGCUGUGCCUCUGGCAGAUCUCGGUGCCUGUGGGCCACGUCAUCGACCUGCACUUCCACAACUUCAGCCUGGAGUCGCACGAGGACUGCAGCUUCGACUUCGUGGAGGUGCAUGACAGCGCGGGCACGGGGGCAGCCAGCCUCAUGGGCAGGUUCUGCGGCCACCAGCUGCCACCCACCCUGACCUCCUCACGCCACGUCAUGACCAUCCUCUUCGUGGCAGAUGAGGGAGUAGCAGACGAUGGGUUUUUCGCCACCUACCAAGCUCGCAACGCCACUGAGAAGACCUGCAGCCCCGCAGAGUUCUCCUGCGGAAAUGGUGAGUGCCGGGCGCUGGAGUCUGUGUGCGACGGCUGGCACGACUGUCCCGAUGGCACCGACGAGCUGAACUGCACUGGGGUCUCCUACCCAGCCUUUGGGUCUGUCUGUGAGCCUGUGGAGGUGGAGAUGUGCCUGGGGUUAGGCUACAACGCCACCUCCUUUCCCAACAUCUGGCUGGCCAUCCCGGACCAGGAGGGAGCUGCCGAGGUGCUCCAGGACUACCAGACGCUGAUGGAGCUCCCCUGCUUCCAGCACCUCCGCCUCCUCAUCUGCAGCCUCUUCGUGCCCAAGUGCACCCCGGAUGGGGGUGUCCUGCAGCCCUGCCGAGCCGUCUGCCUGGCUGCCGAGACGCGGUGCCAGCAGUCCCUCAGCCUCCUCGGCAUCCUCUGGCCCAUCAACUGCAACAUUCUGCCCGAUUCCAAUGACCCCAUAGAGUGCUUCCAACCCUGACCCGGCAAAAGAAGAGGAGCAGGGGCUGAAGCAACCUGCACAGAGCCACCCCUCUGCUUCCAAUGUCCUUCCCACCCUCCUCCCGUUGCGAACAGCCACCUGCUGGGGUGGCCCCAUCAGCAGCACCCCAGGGCCUGGCUCUGCCUUCAGCCCCUCUGCUCCGCGCCUGGAUGCCAUGGGCUCGCCCGCAGGACCAAGUCCCUGGAGGGCAGGUGCCGCUUCCCAGCCUUGCUAGAGGGAAAGCCUUGUGCUGGAGAGGCUGUGUCCCCAGGUUGGAGCUGGGACACCAUGCAAAGUCCCCCUGCCAAGCUGCAGGACAGUAGGAAGGUGUGGGCACUGCCUCCCUAUCCUCGGCUAACCCUGGGCGUGUUGGCCAGAGCUGCGCAUCCCUCCAGGCACACUCCUCUCCAGGCUGUGCACUGCCUCUUUCCUGCAGCCCUUGGGCAGCUGCUAGCCUGGCAGGGGAAGGGUUAAUGCUCCCCAAGUGGAGCAGAGCUGGGCCAGGCUGCCCAUGUCCUGCAGCCCAAAAGCCAGCA